AUUUAUUGCGACGCGUAAAAUCGCUUUUCCUCAGAAUUGCCCGAAAUCUUAGCUGAAAUAACUUUCCCGAAUUCGUAUACGUGUCCGACGCGACGUUUCGAAAAUUCGCGGGUAAUUUAAAAACAAAAAUCGCUUGAUUCUUCGCUCCGAAACAAACUCCCGCCGAACUCUCGAGUCAAGCGCACGAUCUAUACAUAUAGUCAAACAGUAUAGGGGAAGGGAUCGCGCGCGCAUAUAAGAGUAGCAUCACAUGUGUGGUGAACUGGAGCCGCAGCACAGCCAGCGGAGGCAGUUCGCCCACGACAACGGCGCGACUCGCUCGCGAUCUCAGGCGUAUCAGUAGCGCCUCUCGACCUCGACACGAGCGGCAGCCGCGUGUCGGAUUUUCUGUUAUUCUUCUCGCAGGAUAUCGCGAUGUUCGGGCCUUAUCUCGCGCUAGCGUUGCUGCUGGUGCUGACGCCUAUUCGCAGGGCACAGGAGGACGAGGAUGACAAGAGGAGAGAAGCCGCGAUGAGAGAAGAAAUCGUCAGCAAUGCCACUGUGCUCGAGACCUACGAGGCUGCGGUGCAGGCUUACCUCGACGAGGACUGGGAUGCGUGCAUUCAGGGGUUCCGCGAUAUGAUGCACAAGUACAAAAAUUACAGAAACAUGGUAAUCAAAUGCCGAAGAAAAUGCCGCACCGAAAUGGACGAGGGAUUCUCGCCGCUAUACCGCGAGAACAUCGAGGACCUGCAUUUUUACGAGAAAAAAGUCAAGGAAACUCUGUGCCUCCUGCAGUGCAAUCAAGAAUAUCGAGAUUUGGCGGGAAAAAGAGCCCUUCAGAGGCUGCCGAAGAAAACAGAGUACAAAAUCAUGAUGCAACAGCACUACGAGUACCUGCACGGCUGCUACUACCAAAAAAAGUACUACCAAGAAGCGGCGAACGCAGUGUUCACCUAUUUAAUUUACAACCCGACGCACAAGGCGAGCCAAGCGAGUCUGGCUUACUAUAUGGGUCUGCCUCAGGUCAAUAACGAGACGGUCCGUAAUCUCGAGGUCCAGCCGUUCUUCAAAGACUACGUAAGCGGUGUCACCGCGUAUGAAAACGAGUAUUACGAGGAGGCCGUGGAGAAGCUCGAAUUUUCCCUCAAGUCGUUCUUCGAGGCCGAGGAGCAGUGCAGGUUUUACUGCGAGGGCCCCUUCGAUCAAGGAUGGAGCCCUGAGUUUACCACGGCUGUUUCGAAUCACUUUGUUUUCGAUUUGCACUGCAAGCGUCGCUGCUCGCGAGUUCUGAGCACCUUGAACGGCGACUACCGCGCGGACUUUCUUGUGAAUCACUUCAAUUACUUGCAAUUUGCUUAUUACAAACUUGGUGACUUAAGAAAAGCCUGUGAGACAGUCGAGACAUUCUUACUGUUCUUCCCGUCGGAUGACACGAUGCUGGCCAACAAAGAGUUUUAUGCUUCGCUUCCCAUCGUCGACGAAGAUUAUUUUACUCCACGUCAGGAUGUAGUCAGCUACGUUAAGAGACAAGAGUACGAAAAGCUCUUGCUUCGAUACAUCGCCGAGGAGUUUAAUGCAUUUGAAGAUAAAGUUGAAGCUUCGGAAUCCAAGUCUAAAGACGAUACGGAUGUCAAUGAAAUAAAGGUAUUCCUCUUGAAUCACUACAUCGGAGUCGCAACAAAUGCAACUUUACCAAAAAUCAAUGCAAUCACCGAUAAAUACGAUCUCGGAGACGAUUCUCGUUUUCUUGUGGAAGGUCUGAUAAAUCAAGCCGAUUGCGAGUCUAUAAUUCGUAUAGCAGAGAUGACGUCUUGGGAAGGCGACGGCUACGAAAACAACCAAAGUCCUCACUCGGAAUUCGAACGUUUCGAAGGAGUAACGAUCGGCAGACUAGCUAUGCUGGCAUACUAUGGUAUUCUGGAACCGGAGCUCUUAAAGUUGAUUUUGAGGGUAACGGAAACUGUGAGACAAGAGACGCAAAGGAUCGUCAAAGUUAACCAGCAGCUCUACAUCACCUACACACAUUUGGUCUGCAGGACAGCGUUGCCAGGAUCUCCGGUCAACCGAAGCGACUACAGCCACCGCAUCCACGCCGACAACUGCUUAGCCCAAAACGACGGCUCUUGUCUCUCGGAAAGUCCAGCAUACGUCCACAGGGACUACUCCUCAAUCCUGUAUCUAAACGACAAUUUUCAGGGCGGCGACUUCAUCUUCGUCAAGGACAAAAACGCUUCCACCAUCGAGAGCACUAUUCGACCAAGAUGUGGUCGGAUGCUGAGCUUCUCUUCCGGAAGCAGAAAUUUACACGGAGUCACAGCUGUUACUCAGGGUAAACGUUGCGCUCUUGGAAUCUGGUUUACUUUACAAGCCGACUUCGAAGACCUGGACAGGGAUCUUGCCGAGGCUGUUCUAGAGAAGAUUCAGCUGGAUGGCACGGAGAAAUUGACAGAGAGCUUGACUGAUGCCGAGAGCUAUCAUAGACACAAGCGGAUGUUGAUAAGAAGACUUUUAAAGCGGAUCGUAUGAGUUUGUUGUAAAACUGCAAAAACUUCUUCGUACAAUACUGUACGAUGGAUCUUUUGUAAAUAAUUUUCUAUACCUAUACGUUAGCUUCGUGCACCUCGCGGGAGCGAAAGGAAAAAGGACGUGCACGUAUACGACCCUCUAUAUAUAGAGCUACACGUAGAAGUAAUAUUCGAAUGCGGAUCGCGUGCGCACGUUUGUGCACGCGAGCCUCGAAUGCGGCAGUGUAUAGACACGGAAGGCUCCUGCUACUGGCGCCUAAUGUCCUCCGGCUGUGCUUUUCAUCGUAUUUUUUUUAUACACAUCGUUCACGAUUUUUUGUAAAUAUAGCGGUCAUUUGUUGUAUGUUUGUAAAAUUACUUGUUGAUAAAACGUUUAUUCAAAA